GAGGUUAGAAAGUGAGAGAAAGGGUGGGGAGAGGGUUAAAUGUGACGGUGGAUGCUUCUCUUCCACCGUUUCUUGGUCUUCAUUAGAUACUGUUAGUAGUUGGUGUUGUGGGUUUCUAAAAUUAACUCUCCAAGCAGGGAGAAUUGGAAAGCACCCAGUGUGGGAUCUGGGUUUUAGCUUUAGGAAAUGAAGCCUUGGUAUUUCCAGAAUAGGGGAGGAGUAAUGACUGGGAUUCUUGUGAUGCUUCUUCCAAUGCUUUUUCCUAGUCUGUUUACUCCAUUGACCCAUGCCUCCCCUUCUGUAUUCUCGGAAUGGAAAGCUCCAAAACCUAGGCAUUUACCUUUACUCAAGAGUGCUUUACAACUUGAAAGUUCUAAUGCAGAGCAGUCUGACUUAUGGGCUCCUUUGGAGGACCAAGGUUGGAGACCGUGUUUUGAGUCUAUAAAUGCCCCUUCACUACCACAGAAAUCUCAAGGAUACAUUCAGGCAUUCCUUGAUGGAGGUUUGAACCAGCAAAGAAUGGGGAUAUGUGAUGCGGUUGCUGUUGCAAAAAUACUGAAUGCAACACUCGUAAUUCCACAUCUUGAAGUAAAUCCUGUCUGGCAAGAUUCAAGCUCAUUCAUGGAUAUAUUUGAUGUGGAUCACUUUAUUAAUGUAUUGAAGGAUGAUAUUUCAAUAGUCAAAGAACUGCCUGAUGAAUUCUCCUGGAGUACAAGGGAGUACUAUGCCACAGCCAUUAGAGCUACAAGAGUUAAAACAGCACCUGUUCAUGCAUCAGCUAAUUGGUAUCUAGAGAAUGUCUUGCCUUUAUUGCAGAGUUAUGGGAUUGCUGCAAUUUCACCAUUCUCUCAUCGUCUAUCUUUCGACAACUUGCCGAGGGAUAUCCAGCAACUGCGCUGUAAAGUCAACUUCAAAGCAUUAGCCUUUGUUCCCCACAUUAGGGAACUUGGAGAUGCUCUUGUUAGCCGCCUCAGGUAUCCUCAUGGAGACACUGGAGCACCCAGUACUGACUAUCUGCUAGAGAUCACAGGUGUAGGUGACAAACAAAGGGCUGGGAAGUUUGUUGUGCUACACCUCCGUUUUGAUAAGGAUAUGGCUGCCCAUUCAGCCUGUGAUUUUGGCGGGGGAAAAGCUGAAAAAUUGGCUUUGGCCAAGUAUCGACAAACAAUUUGGCAAGGAAGGGUUCUUAAUUCCCAAUUUACUGAUGAAGAGUUGAGGAAUCAGGGACGUUGCCCUUUAACUCCUGAAGAGAUUGGAUUGCUGCUAGCAGCCUUAGGCUUUGAUAAUAAUACUCGUCUCUACCUUGCUUCCCACAAGGUAUAUGGUGGGAAAGCUAGGAUUUCCACCCUACGAGAACUGUUUCCCCUAAUGGAAGAUAAGAAGAGCCUUGCUUCUGCAGAAGAAAGGGUCCAUAUCAAAGGAAAGGCCUCUCUAUUAGCUGCCCUUGAUUAUUACAUUAGUAUGCAUAGUGACAUCUUCAUCUCUGCAUCUCCUGGGAACAUGCACAAUGCUUUGGUUGGACAUCGAACUUUUGAGAACUUGAAGACUAUAAGGCCAAAUAUGGCAUUGUUGGGCCAACUCUUCCUGAACAAAAACAUUAGUUGGUCAGCCUUUCAGCAGGCAGUGGUGGAAGGGCAUCAAAACAGACUUGGGCAACUCCGAUUAAGAAAGCCAAAACAAUCCAUAUACACAUAUCCUGCUCCAGAUUGCAUGUGUCAUGCAUAGGCCUACCUUCUGUAUUUAUUCGUUUGAUACCACGAGUAUUGUUUUUGGCUGCGUUAUUGGUAUUAUAGAUAAAUCCCAUAUCUCUCAUAAAACUACUUCAUGUAGUGUUUCGGAAGCAUGUCCACAGCGGAAUAUAAAUAGCGGGUGAGGUUAUUGUCAAUGUCUCUUGUGCUUCAGGAAAAUAAUGACAUGAUACAUCGGCAUCAGUUCAUAUUUGUUUCAUCUCAGCCUAUGUAGCUCUACUAUAUCUAAUAUUGCAUCAAACUUCUCAUAUGCACUGGCAAAGAAAGUCGAUAUUUUUAGGGAAACAGAAAAUGCAAGAUGCUAAAACAAACUGUACACCAAUUCUUGUAAUUCUCUGAAGGCUCAAAUGACCUUGAGACACAAACUGUGAAAUUUGACCAUCAGACACUUCUCUUGAUGUUUAAUGGAUGCCAUUUUGAUGGGGGGGAAAUAGAAAGUGAGAUUUAGA